AUGCGCAGUGGUGAGAAAAGGAGCAGAGGCCGUCCCGGCCCAGACCGGAACAAGUGCGACGAACCCGAGCAGAAAGCCGAUGUUCGUAGGAAAACGAUUGGUGACAAUGUGUCGGUAUGUCUAUUGAAUUUUUGUUGA